GUGAACUUCGACUGUCAUCUUAUUCAGUCGAAAGCUCUUGAAUUGUGCGGCGUGUAACGCCGGUUUUAUGUUAUAAAACCAUAUUUUAUUUUAUUAAAGUGUGAGAUACAAUUAAAAUGAGGUGCCUAUUGUUGCUUGGGGUGGGCGUCCUGCUACUAUCAGGAUGGUGUCAAGCGCAGGAAGGUGUAGGGAGUGUGGAAGAGGUGACAGUGGACGCCGACCUGGGCGCGUCGCGCGAGGGCUCGCGUACCGACGCGGAGGCGCUGCUGCGCGAGGAGGAAGCCAUCUCGCCGGACGAGCUGAGUGUGGCGCAAAUGCGCGAGAUACGCGACCGUGCACAGAAUUUCACUUUCAAGACUGAAGUCAACCGUAUGAUGAAACUCAUCAUCAACUCGCUAUAUAGGAAUAAGGAGAUAUUUUUAAGAGAGUUGAUCUCGAACGGAUCCGACGCUCUGGACAAGAUCCGGUUGCUGUCGCUGACGGAUCGAGACGUGCUGGCAGCCAACCCCGACCUGAGCAUCCGCAUCAAGGCGGAGCCAGACAAGCGCCUGCUGCACAUCAUCGACUCUGGCGUGGGCAUGACGAGCCAGGAUCUCGUCAACAACCUGGGCACCAUCGCCAAGUCUGGCACUGCCGACUUCCUGUCCAAGAUGCAGGACGUCGAGAAGGGAGGCGCGCAGGAGAUGAACGACAUGAUCGGGCAGUUCGGCGUCGGGUUCUACUCCGCCUUCCUGGUGGCCGAGCGCGUGACCGUCGUCUCCAAGCACAACGACGACCAGCAGCACGUGUGGGAGUCCGACGCCAACGCCUUCAGCGUGGCCGCCGACCCCCGCGGGGACACGCUCAAGCGCGGCACGCACAUCACGCUACACCUGAAGGAGGAGGCGGCGGAUUUCCUGCAACCGGAUACCAUCCGUAAUCUCGUAAAGAAGUACUCUCAGUUCAUCAACUUCCCCAUCUACCUGUGGGCCUCACGCACCGAGACGGUGGAGGAAGCCGAGCCGGAGGAGAUCACGCCCGACGCGGACGAGGACGAGGACGUUAAGGUCGAUGACGCCGCCGAGGAGAAGAGCGAGCCGAAGAAGACCGAGAAAACCGUCUGGGACUGGGAGCUGAUGAACGACAACAAGCCCAUCUGGACGCGCAAGCCCAGCGAGGUCGGCGACGACGAGUACACGCAGUUCUACAAGAGCCUCACCAAGGACACGGCGGCGCCGCUCGCCAGGGCGCACUUCGUGGCGGAGGGCGAGGUGACGUUCCGCGCGCUGCUGUUCGUGCCGCGCGCGCAGCCCGCCGACUCCUUCAACCGCUACGGCACCAAGACCGACCACAUCAAGCUGUACGUGCGCCGCGUCUUCAUCACCGACGAGUUCAACGACCUCAUGCCCAACUACCUCGCCUUCAUACAGGGAAUCGUUGACUCCGAUGACCUACCGCUAAACGUGAGUCGCGAAACGCUGCAGCAACAUAAGCUCAUUAAGAUUAUAAAGAAGAAGUUGGUGCGCAAAGCACUCGACAUGCUAAAGAAGAUCCCCGACGACGAGUACGAGCACUUCUGGAAGGAAUACUCCACCAACGUGAAGCUGGGAGUGAUCGAGGACCCGUCCAACCGCUCGCGCCUCGCCAAGCUGCUGCGCUUCCACUCGUCUCGCAGCGACUCCAUGACCUUCCUCGCAGACUACGUCGCGCGCAUGAAGCCCGGCCAGAACCACAUCUACUACAUCGCCGGCUCCAGCCGCGCCGAGGUGGAAAAGUCGCCGUUCGCCGAGCGCCUCGUGCGUUCCGGCCACGAGGUCCUCUACCUCACGGAGGCCGUCGACGAGUAUUGCCUGUCUUCGCUGCCGGAGUACGAGGGCAAGAAGUUCCAGAACAUCGCCAAGGAAAUAUUCGACUUGAACGAGAACGAGCAGCAGAAGGAGCGCACGGAGGCCUACCGCAAGGAGCUGGAGCCGCUGACGCGCUGGCUGGGCGACAAGCUGGGCGCCUGGAUCACGCGCGCCGAGGUGUCGCGCCGCCUGUCGCGCUCGCCCGCCGCGCUGGCCGCCACGGCCUUCGGCUGGACCGGCAACAUGGAGCGCCUGGCGCUGUCCAACGCGCACCAGAAGGCGGACGACGCGCAGCGCCGCCACCACCUUUCGCAGAAGAAGAUGCUGGAGAUCAACCCGCGCCACCCCGUGGUGCGCGAGCUGCUGCGGCGCGUGCGCGACGACCCCGACGACCCGCAGGCGCUGGACGCGGCGCGCACGCUGUACCGCACGGCCGCCAUGCGCUCCGGGUUCAUGCUGCAGGAGGGGCAGGCCGUGGAGUUCGCCGAGUCCGUCGAGAGCAUGCUGCAGCGCUCGUUGGGCCUGCCGCCCGACGCGCGCGUGGACGACGAGCCCGAGGACGACGCGCCGGCCGAGGCCGCGCCCGGGGACGAGGCCGAGGCCGACGAGGCCGACGAGGCCGACGAGGCCGAGCCGCACGAGGAGCUGUAAUGUGUGAAGCGUGAACGCGUGAGUGAACGAGAAGCGCGACAAACUGUUAAGACUGCAUUUUUUUUUACAAUUUGAUGUAAAUGAGUUUGUGUGCCGAGAAUGGAAACCUGUAAAUAAAUUAUAACGUUUUAUUUA